CAUUAUGCACCCCACGUUUCCCCAACCAAACUAAAAAAAAACAUUACUCAAUGACCUCCAUAUUUUCCCAAAACUCACUAAUCAACCCCCCAAAAAACAAACAAAUAACCAUUUGGAGGCUAAGGCAAACUCCUUCUUCUCCUUCCCUUCUCCUCCUCUGGUCAUCUCACUCUCAUUCUUUGUUGUGUCAAAACGACUUAGCCGAGAAUGGUUCGGGCGCUAGACCAGGAGGAGCAGGAUCAAGAGAGCUACAGCUCGAGGCCAUUUCGUAAUGAAAUGAACGACGACGAUGAUGACUACGAUAACACGGCUUCCACCGCUGGGCUGAGACAUGCCAAUAGUCUCGGCAUCGAGAGCUCUGGCGCUUUGGUAUGUCAGGAGGAGGACGAAGAAGAGGUGAUGGACGACCCUCGUAUGGCUUCAAGGAGUCAAGGAGGGAAGCCCCUAAACGACUUCGAAAGGCAGAGAAUAAGGUCGGCCUUUAUCAAAAAAGACAAAGGCUCAAAGCUCUCCCGUAACUCUCGUAUCGGCAAAGAUCACGAGGCUACUGGGUCUAGAGAGCUUGUUGUCAAAGAAGCUCAGAGCUCAGAUGUGGAACAGAUGAAGGAGAGGUUUGCUAAAUUGCUCUUGGGUGAGGACAUGUCUGGUGGAGGAAAGGGUGUUUCUUCAGCUUUAGCAUUAUCAAACGCCAUUACAAACCUUGCAGCUUCUGUUUUUGGCGAACAAUGGCGUUUAGAGCCAAUGUCAGCAGAAAGAAAAGCCAGGUGGAGAAAAGAAAUCGAUUGGCUCUUAUCGGUCACCGAUUACAUUGUGGAAUUUGUCCCUUCACAACAGAAAUCCAAAGAUGGAAUAAGUAUGGAGAUUAUGGUGACAAGGCAACGGACUGAUCUUCACAUGAACAUUCCCGCACUUCGCAAGCUUGAUGCCAUGCUCAUUGAUUGUCUCGAUAACUUCAAGGACCAAAAUGAAUUCUCUUAUGUGUCAAGAGAUGCACCUGACUCAGAGAAAGGGAAUACAAAGAGAAAAGAUGAUAAAUGGUGGCUACCUACUCCUAAAGUGCCCCCGGAUGGUCUAUCAGAAAUGUCCAGAAAGUUUUUGCAGUAUCAGAAAGAUUGUGUCAACCAAGUGCUUAAAGCAGCAAUGGCCAUAAAUGCUCAAACUUUAUCAGAAAUGGAAAUCCCAGAUAACUACAUUGAAUCCCUCCCCAAGAAUGGAAGGGCAAGUCUAGGGGACUCAAUUUAUAGAAGUAUAACAGUUGAGUUCUUUGACCCGGAUCAAUUUCUUUCCACCCUUGACUUAUCCUCUGAACACAAGAUUCUAGACCUCAAGAACAGAAUUGAAGCUUCCAUUGUAAUUUGGAAAAGGAAAAUGAACCAAAAAGAUGGGAAAUCAGCUUGGGGUUCAGCCGUCAGUUUGGAAAAGAGAGAACUCUUUGAAGAGAGAGCUGAGACUAUUUUACUCCUUCUCAAGCAAAGGUUCCCUGGAAUCCCUCAGUCUGCACUAGACAUCAGUAAAAUCCAAUACAACCGCGAUGUAGGACAAGCCGUUCUUGAAAGCUAUUCAAGAAUUUUAGAGAGCUUAGCUUUUACCGUCACGUCCCGGAUUGAAGACGUUCUCUAUGCAGAUUACGUGACUCAAAAUCCAUCACAAGCUUCAUGCAGGAGAAAUUCUUUGGGAGAAUCCACGGCCGCGGCUACCCCUCAAUGCACAUCUCCGCAGGACAGAUUCUCCAGCCCCAGAGAUGAGUCCAUCUCUGCAGCCGAGACCAUGACACUGUCCGAUUUCAUGGGAUGGGGUUUGGAUCAGGUAGGAGACCCGGAGGCGGCAAAGAAGGAGCUAGCAGGAUUAUUUGAAGAAAUUCCAAAAGAGGGUAGUGAAGGAGUAAAGCAUCCGCAUAUGCAAAAGAUAGCCAACAUUGUGACCAACAAGAAGACUUCUUAUCUUGAGACCUUGGGAGGGUUGAGAAGUCCAACGGCACGCCAUUGAUGACAAUGGUAGAGAGAAAGAGAGAGUGAGGGGAAGUGUGGAAGAAGAAGUAGAGACAGUGUAAGAGAUAAGUUCGAAAGUGAUAGUGAGGUAAAAGGAAAAUGAUAAAGAGAGAAAAAAUACCGGCUUUCAAAUGUAAAUUUUACUAAUUGGAACCCCAUAUGGAGGGUGUUGUUGUCCAAGUUAUGGUUACCUAUUUUCAUGAUGAAGUUAAUUGUAUAUAGGGAAGCCAAUUUGGAAUUGAA